UGCUGCAUAACGCGUUGCAAGUACGCAUCACCCUUGAGCUUAGCUAAAUGUGAAUCUAGUCCACCCUCUCACUCUUUCCUCCCCUCUUCACUCUCCCAAGCCCAAAUCUAUCCUCUCUUACAACAAUGGUAAUAACACCCCGUUAUUCCCAUUCUACCCCUACUCUCCUCCUCUACUUUCUACUAGUCUCUGCCACCACAACCCCAUCUCUCUCUCUCAACCUCACCGCCAUCCUCUCUCCCUUCCCAGAUCUCUCCCUCUUCUCCUCUCUCCUCCUCUCCACCGCCGUCUACGACGAUCUCUCCACCGUCACAUCUCUCUCCCUCCUCGCUCUCCCCAACUCUCUCCUCUCUCCCCCGCCUCCCAACAUCGCCGACAUUCUCCGCUACCACAUCCUCCUCGAAUACCUCUCCCCCUCCGAUCUCCGCCACCUCCCCCCCUCCGGCCGCCUCAUCCGCACUCUCUUCUCCACCACAACCCCAAUCUCCGUCAACAUAACUCGAGACACCGUCAACAAUUCCGUCAACAUAACUCCAUCCGACGACGGAGCUACUAGCAUCACCGUCACAUCCUGUGUCAAAACGAUGCCGUACAAUGUCUCCGUUUAUGUAGUGAACGCAAUGCUGAUUCCGUCGAGUGUCGAUAUAAUGGCGUCGGAAUCGCAACCGCCGCUAGGCCUCAACAUCACUAAAGCGUUGAUCGACGGCCAUGAUUUCAACGUCGCGGCGGCGCUGCUGGAAGCUUCCGGAGUCUCCGAUGAACUCGAAUCCGCCGAGAACGGUGCCGGAAUCACGCUUUUCAUCCCCACCGACGAUUCAUUCGCCGAUCUACUCCCCAGCGUCAAAAUACAAUCCCUAACGGCAGAUAAAAAAACGGUUCUGUUAAAAUACCACGUCUUACAUUCUUAUUACCCGCUCGGUUCGCUCGAGUUGAUAGUGAACCCGGUCGAGCCCACCUUCGCCACCGAUUUAGCCUCUGCGGGAGACUACACAAUAGGCAUUUCCCGGCUUAACGGGUCGGUGGCGCUCAAAUCGGGUUUGACCCAAGCUUCCGUCACGCAAACUCUGUUUGAUGAAAAGCCGAUUGUGAUUUUCGGGAUUAAUACGGUUUUAUUGCCCAAGGAAAUUUUCUGGAAUAUUACGAUUAACACGGCCGUUAAAGUUGUGCUGCCGGAGACGAAAGACGAGUUGGAAUCGCCGACUCAAUUAUCGGCGCUGAACGAGUCGGGUGCACUUAGGCGGGUCGGGUCGGGAAGGUACAUUGCUGGUAUGUAUUGUAUAUUAGGAUUUUUGUACGUAUUGGUAUGAAUCGACUCACUUUCCUGCUCGGUGUUGUAAUUUAUUUAUUUUUUUUAGCUUUUUGUGUAGAUUCAAUUUAUGCAUCGUAUCGUAUGCGUAUGUAAUAAAAAAAAAACACAUAAUCAAAGGAGGAGUCAUUGUAAGCUUUUAGCAUCUAGA